AAUUACACAAUGAUGUCUUUUUAAUCGAUGCGUUUCAAUGGCUGGCUUAGUUAUACGGUUCCAGCCACAACAUCGGGUCUCAACUAAAACCGACCAGUCAGUGCUUCGGGUUUACAGCAGAAUUAGCUUCAUUCUGGAAGAACAGGCACGGCACACCGUGGGGUGUUCAUGCUCAUCGUUUGCACACUCGGAUUACGAACCACUGCAGCUGGUAAAGCACUCUUCCGUACACUGACCAUCCUCCGUCUGACUUGAUAAAGCUCUCAAGUCCUGUGCCAUGUCUUUGCCCCGCACACUUGGGGAGUUGCAGCUUUAUCGUGUGCUGCAGAGGGCUAAUUUACUGGCCUAUUACGACACCUUCAUCCAGCAGGGUGGUGAUGAUGUACAGCAGCUCUGUGAAGCAGCUGAAGAAGAAUUCCUCGAGAUCAUGGCACUAGUUGGCAUGGCCACUAAGCCACUGCAUGUGCGUAGGCUGCAAAAGGCCCUCCGUGAUUGGGCAGCCAACCCAGCACUUUUUAAUCAACCUGUCUCUAAUAUGCCUCUUGGAGGCAUACCCCUGUUUAAAUUUGAUGGCACAGGUACAAGUGGAUCAGCAGGAGGGCCCAGGAAAUCUGUGAGCAACGGCCAGCCUGGGUCUCCAUGUGAAAGAGAGGACAGGGCAUGUCUCACCCCUUUGCACAGUGGAAGUCCAAGGAGCCCAUGCUCCCAAGCUUCCCCACAGCCCCCAGACACACUCUACAGGGAGAAACUAUCACCCAUGGAUCCCCACUGGCUAAGCCCUGAGCCGGAUGGAAACUGCACUUUGGCCUCAGUGUCUGGCAUGGAGGAGGAGCCGUCAAACCUGCCUCAGGUUUCAACAUGUUCACUGGGUCCUUCCACACCUCCAAGCUCUUCCACAUCUUUUAAUCCAGUGGCACACUCAGCCUGGCCGGGAGGGCAACUGGAUAGGGAGACAGCACGUGCGGUAGGGGAAAGUGUGGCGAGGCUGUUUAGGACGCUUCCCCGGUCAGAUCCUGGAGAGGUGAAGACUCUGCUGAGGAUUAACAAAAAGAUGGCAAAGGCGGUUGGUCAUAUCUUUAAAAUGGGCUCUGAGGACACCACCAAGGAAGAGGAAAUCCGAAAGUACAGCCUCAUUUAUGGGCGCUUUGAUUCCAAGCGGAGAGAAGGCAAGCAGCUCACACACCAUGAGCUGAUCAUCAAUGAAGCUGCUGCCCAGUUCUGUAUACGCGACAAUGCCCUUCUGCUGAGACGUGUAGAGCUUUUUUCUUUGGCUCGGCAAGUGGCAAGAAAGUGUGCUUACACCUCCACACUAAAACAUGCUAGGACGGGUGGUGCAGAUGACAGCCACUUACUGUCCCAAAAGAGGGUGAAACAUGAGGUAGCUGUGGCAGAGAGAACAUCUUCACGUCUCAGAGUGGAGGAGUCAGAGAGAACAUCUUCAUGUCUCGGAGUGGAGGAGUCAGAGAGAACAUCUUCAAGUCUCGGAGUGGAGGAGUUAGAGGGCGUUACUCAGAGGACAGACGAUGACAGCCUAUCCUCAGAGAGCCUGGAAAGUUUAUCACAAGACGUAGGCUCAAAGUGCAAUCAAUCUUCAUCCCCUCGCCCCCCCAUCGACACUUGUAACCCUGCCAACUGGACACGCCAUCUCAUACAGCAAACACUCAUGGAUGAAGGGCUGCGAUUGGCUAGGAUGGUGUCACAUGAUCGAGUUGGCAAGAGCAACCUUGGGUCAGAAGGGAUUCGUUCCACAGAUUACGAGUGUAAAGAGGAAAGGAGGGACCUGAUAUCAGCCAACAGCACUACCAGCCCUGACGUCACCAAAGAAGACCCUGACCACAGAGGCGAAUGAAGAUUCCUCAGGGGUAAUGGAGAACUAUCACACAAGCUGUAACUGAGCAGGUUUUACCAAUUUACAAAACUGACACAAUGAGCCGAUUGGUAAAGACUGUCGUCAGUAGCUGAAUCCAUAUUUUAGUUACCUGAAUUUUACUUUUUGCAGCUGAGACCAUGAGAAGAGAAGCCUAUGGAUCCCCGUAGUCAAGGUGUCUUAUUAAAUGUAAAUUUGAAGCAAUGCCCUUCAUUGUUAGAGUCGUGGAAUUAUUCUAUAACGCUGUGUGAUGUUUGCAUACACAACCAGGCCAGAACCACAUUUUCAAUUUCUUGGUGUACUUUUUUGAAACAUCCAUUUUUAACCGAUCCAUUUUCUAACGUACUGUGUGGCCUAACAGAUUUGAGGGGAAUGGACAGUUCAGAAAAAAACUUACUGUAGUAAUGUGUGUUGUAAAAGACAAAACGCCAUUAAAAAAAAAUAUAAAAAUAUUUUAUAACUUCCUGCCAUGUAUAUGUUGUGAAAAUCAAGGGUGUGAUUUGCCAGCUUAAGUCUCGAGAAAAUGAGCUGUGCCCAGCAGGGUGCACCAUCUAUUAGCAUACGUAGAUAACUGAUUUUUUUUUUUACUUUCUCAAACUGUAAUCACAGAUUAUGCAAUCCACCACCCCGGAGAAUGAUGCAGCCCAUAAAUCUAACUUUCCCUCCACAAACUGAAGAAUACGUACCUUUGCAAACCAGCACACAACUGGACCAUGUGAGACAAAAGUAUUCAAAAUAAAAGUAUUUUUGAAGACAAAAUAGUUUAAAAUUAGACU